CGUCAUCACAAGAAAGAAAAGUGGAAAUUUGAGUCAUUAGGAGAGGAGGCAACUCUAGAAACUUGCCUUGUUAAUCUCUCAUUUCUUUUAGUCAUCGAGCAAUGUAAUAGCCCCGAAGACUGCAGUCGAGCUAUUAAGUGGCUUUCCUUGAUACGCCAAGCUAUGAAAGGAAAACGACAUGACAACUCAGAGCAGCCUGCUAAUUGCAGCAAUACGAUUAACUGUGACACGAAAAAGUCUUCAUCCUGCAAUGACCAACAACAUCCAAGAAAGAGCCACUUGUACUCGAUUCCAAUAGAAGAUCAGCAUGAUCAAAAGAACUUGGACAUAUUUAGGAAUUUAUAUCAGCAUAUUAGCAGUCUGAAGGCCUCAUGUGUUGGAACAGGCAUUAUGGGAUACCUUGGAAACAAGGGGUCUGUUUCUAUCAGUACGACAUUGUAUCAGACAACAUUUUGCAUUGUCUGUUCUCAUUUGGUGUCUGGGGAGAAAGAUGGAGAUGCAUUUAGAAAAAAUUCAGAUAUUACGGAGAUUUUUAUGAAAACAAGGUUUUCUCAUCCUUGUAAAAUACAAGAAAAAUUGGUUCGACCUGAUUGCUUUUUGGAUCAUGAGUAA